GGCGAGAAGAGACGAGGAGACACGAGGAGACAUGAGGAGACACGAGGAGACACGAGGAGACACGAGGAGACACGAGGAGACACGAGGAGACACGAGGAGACACGAGGAGACACAAGAGGAGACAAGGAGACACGAGGGGAGACGACAUUGGAUACGAGGAGACACGAGGAGACACGAGGAGACACGAGGAGACACGAGAGGAGACAAGGAGACACGAGGGGAGACGACAUUGGAUGUGCAUGA